GAAGGAGGGUACACCCACCACGCGUAUCUACCUGGCACAUGAGCUCUCCGGUUCCACUCAUGGGUGACUGCAGCGACUCCGACGACCAGCUGGAUGAAUUUAUCCAUGCGUAUUCGUAUAGGGACGACGCGAUCCUUGAGUUCCCCGACGAGGACGAAGUCUCUGACUCUGCUGAGGACUCUGGCUCGGAUUCGGAGCCACUAUUGUCAGAAGAGGUGGAGGAUAUCUACGACCUCUAUAACACCAGCACCCGGCCCUCACCUCUUCCUCCUCCGAGCCCUCUACUCGAAGACGAUGCCGGCCUUGACUCAGCUUCGACAGGCAUCAACCCGAUGCUCGAUUGCUUAGUACCACAGGACUCCGACCAAGUGCUGUCCCCGAAACACACCCGCCGCGCCGGCCUUGUUGGUCCCCUCGCAAUGACAACGCUCAGAGCAGGAGAAACCGACUCCAUGGCCUGGAGGGUACCCAUCUUGGAUGACUCUUCAGAGAGCGGUGCAGAGUCUGACGGUAGCGAGGACGAUGGCGAGGACGAGCGUCGCAGAGAAUAGCGCGCGCGUGGAGCUGAGAAGGGUCAUGCCAGGCGUCAUCUGUUCUGCGACCCCGCGUUCUCGCUGUUCGUUAUCGCAGAUAAUCGAUUAAAUCCCUGUUUUUCCAUGUGACAUGGGGCACAUACAUGAUGCAACGUGUGUCAUUCUGGGGAAUAUUCGCGUCUUUGAAUAGUCUAUCUUUUUUCACUGUGAAUCGGUAAGAAGGACCGGCACAAAUAGCGGAUUCGGAAAUUACACCCAGGUUCCGGCCCGCAAGAUGAAUGAGGGCUCAAUUCUCAAUUGCAGCGCGGCCCGAGGACGACAUCUUUCAACUCAGAAACCCCGAUUCACUCAGAACGAGGAGAGGUUCAGGAUCGGGGUCUCAGCAAAAUGCACCCUAGGGGCGGUGGUAUCCAGUCAACUAACGAUUCCCCCAGGAGACGAUGCACAUCCUGCGCUACAAGGGCCCUGAGCAGUCCUGACGAAAUACCGAUCCUUGCUGUGUUGGAAUUCUAGCUCCACCGUGAGGACUUGGCAGGCCCUUAGUUUAGACCUUAUAGAGCAAGCCUCACGGAGGACGUCUCCACGAAGCCAAUGGUAGUUUGUGAGUUGAC